AUGCAUCUCAUACACCCUGGGAUAGAAGACAACCAUCCUAUUAUAGCUUUGGUUCAUGUAGAUUGUAUAGUACAUGCUGUUCAUCUGAUGCCUGUGCUUUAUGGCACCAUGAUACCCCAUGAUUUCCACUCUUCCUACUCAUUGGACAAUUUCAAUUCAUUCUAUGUAAACGAGUAUGCAGAUUAG